CACUGUACCAAGUCAUCUCUCCCCAGGUCACUCCUUUCACCCGUGUGCUCGCGUUGAUUGGAUGGCAUGAGACGCCGCAAGGGUGGACGACGUAAACGUCCGGCGCAUCAAAAACAGCAGGAGACCAUCACAGCAUCAGCAAAUCAAGACAUAUCAGAACUGGCGAGCGAUUCUGAUAGUGACGAGUCGACAUCUGUACUUGUGGAAUCAACUUUUGCUCGAGACACACACACUCUCGCGCCAUCUUUGCCUGGCCGAAUCAUUUACUGCUAUCGUCUUCUGUGCACUGCCUUCUCUGGCAUCUCUGUGUCGCUUCUCCUUGAGUGGUUCGGCAUUAUGGUCCUAGGCUUGAGUAACCUCUGGUCUCCGGCCGCCAAUCUGCCGGAAUCCAUUGCUCUUGUUCAACGUAGCGAUGAAGGACCCAGCAAGAAAGUCAAGAGGAGGAGGAGAAAAGAUGGACCUGUUGGAGAUCUACAAUACUACCCUGGCAUGGUGAAUCUGAGCGGUGUCUUAUGCUACAUGAAUUCGGUGUUGCAGUCUCUAGCUUCAGUCACAUCUCUGAUUUCACAUCUGGAGCGAAUUACCACGUUGGCCGUUGAGGCUGAUCUCCCCACCCCAGUGACUGACGCUCUCACGGACGUCCUGACAGAUCUCAACACUCCCCACUCCUCGCCGCCUCGAGCACUCAAACCCCACAAUCUCAUUGCCGCGUUGCAACCACUCCCUCAGAUCCGUCGUCUGCUUGCAACAAGAGAACAGCAAGACGCUCACGAGCUCUUCGUUGUCCUUGCCGAAGCUAUAUCGGACGAAUCGCUCAAGGUCGCAGCGGAAGUGCUCAAGCUGCGAGGCUUUGCCGACCUGCUUUCCUUGCAGGCGUAUUGCUACAACAAGGGUGAGAGAAUGCCCAUUUCACGGCCCCUUAGCGCGCAAUUGGAGGAUGGUAUUAAGCAGAAACGGAAGAGAGCCCGAGGUCUAGCUCAACCUUGGGAGGGUCUGAUAGCCCGACGAAGGGUUUGCCGCCGAUGCGGAUGGAAAGGCGAAGUGAGAAUGGACACGCUCGGUGGAAUGGAACUGCCGAUCCCGCUUCAGGGUCAUGUCACGCUAGAUUCUUGUGUGGCAGAAUAUCUCGCCCCCGAAUUGCUGAGUGGAGUUACUUGCGAAUUCUGCUCUCUCCAAGAGACCCUCGAAUUUUAUCGUUCAGAAGCGGCUCGUCUGGCGCUCCCGCCAAAUAAGGCACAUCUCAAUGGUCAUGCUGAUACUGUCCACACCGCAUCCGGAUCUUUCUCUGCGUUGGAGCACAUGCCGGAUUCCGAGGCAUCAGCCGACAUGUCCGAUAGGAGGAAACGGAAGGCUAAAGAAGCCAAGAAGAUUGGAGCUAGGUUAGAGCAGAUGGUCCAGACAGGUUCGACUGCUGGAUUUGGAGAGGCCACGCUCCCAUCACUGCCCGAAUCCCUACCCACUGCUCCUCUCCCUAUCAAGUGGAAGACUGUGAACGCCGAUUCUGUCCGCCAGACUGUCAUCACCCGUCCGCCUCGUUCACUCAGACUGCACGUUGCUCGAUCUGGGAUAUCCCCGUAUGGUCACAUGGUAAAGAAGGCUGCCAGGGUCGCAAUUCCGCUCAUUCUUGACAUGACUCGAUUCACCGCCAGAGGUGUGUGGGAGGAGCGUUCAGAUAUCCGAUCUCUUCUCGCAGCUGGACUCCAACCCACAGAAACGGUCCCAAGAGUUCUUUAUCGACUAGAAAGUGUCAUUCUACACUACGGUUAUACGUCGUCAUCGGGACACUUUGUCUGUAUUCGACGCAAACCUGUCCCAGUUCCUGGUAACGAGGUGGACUACGGUCAGCCGAGCAAAGCUCGCAAGUCGUGUCCCGAUGGCUGCGUCUGUCAGGACUGUAUAUACCUUGGACAGGUGAGGGAACCAGCCAUACCGGGCAAAGGUUGGCUCAACGUCAGCGACGAUGAGGUGGAAGAGGUAGGAGCAGAGGCUCUUGAAGGAGCUGGUGCUGCUGUCUUCAUGCUAUUCUACGAGCGGGUUGCAGAGUAUCGCGAUCCGGCAUCAAUGGUAUAUCCCAGCCAAGCAGAUUCCAGAUCGGUCAGUUUAUCGCACGGAUCAAGUCCCGUCGUUCGGUAGUCAGUGACAAGGAUGUACUGUAGCCAUAGAA